AUGUUGGGGUGGGGGGGGGGGGGGGGGGGGGGGGGGGGGGGGGGGGGGGGGGGGGGGGGGGGGGGGGGGGGGGGGGGGGGGGGGGGGGGGGGGGGGGGGGGUGGGGGGGGGGGGGGGGGGGGGGGGGGGGGGGGGGGGGGGGGGGGGGGGGGGGGGGGGGGGGGGGGGGGGGGGGGGGGGGGGGGGGGGGGGGGGGGGGGGGGGGGGGGGGGGGGGGGGGGGGGGGGGGGGGGGGGGGGGGGGGGGGGGGGGGGGGGGGGGGGGGGGGGGGGGGGGGGGGUGGGGGGGGUGGGGUGGGGGGGGUUGGGGGGGGGGUGA